AUGAGAUCAUUGAAUAUCGUACAUGACACUAGAGACACUUUCCAUGGGCGAAGCGUUUUUCAGGCGUGGAAAAAGGAGGAUUUUUGGUGGAGUAAAACCACUUGUAAUCAGGAAUACAAUUUCCCAACCUUGGAACGCUCUAAGUAUGGACAAGAGAGCGAUGGGAACAGUUUGAACACACAUAUCAACUUGAAGGAUCCCACCAUUUGUUUAGACUUGAAUUGGUCACCCGAUGGCACUUCUGUGGUAACGGUGUCCAACGAUUUUGGCAUUCGUCAAUAUCUGGUGCCUGAGGAACCUGGCGCUGUCCUUGUACCCUUCAAGCGGUUCUUCAGAGCGCAGUCUAUUGUAUCAAGUUGCGUUCAUCCUUAUUAUUCAAUGUUUGGCGGCAAUGAAGGAGUCAACGUAAUGCUAGUUUCUUCGAAAGAUUUGCCCAUCCAGCUCUUUUCAUUAUCUCCUCAUGCCACCGAACAUGCUCCAUUGUUCAGUUAUUCCGUAGUGAAUCCCGAGAACGAGAACUAUGACAAAGUGUUCGCACUCAGCUUCUUUCUGAAAUCUGGAUUUUUGACGGGCUCGUCUCGAAAUAAAGUUUCAGCCUAUGAUUUGAACCGCAGGAUUCCACUUUGGACUAGUUCGGUUCCGAGCAGAGUUAGUGGUCAUCGAAGCAUAGUAUCGUGCUUUGAUCAAGGUUUCGAUUCAAUAGUCUCUUCUUUUCGCUAUGGUGCAACAUACAAGAACGACAUAUUCGGUAUCGACACUAGAUUAAAAUCCGUAAUGCCACAGGCCGACAAAAAUUCAUUGGGAGUGAAAGACGGCAAUUGCGGCAUUGUGCAGUUAAUUCAGAGUGUGAAUCAGCAUUUUUUGUAUGUUGUGAAGAGAAAUAGCGAAUCUAUUGACAUCUUGGACAUUCGACAAGGUUUAUCCAAAAUCAAUGAGCUGGCUCUACCUUUCCAACUGGAUUCUCAAAAAUUCAAGGCUUCUUUAGAUUCAACUAAUGGGCUCUUGAUUGGAACUUCAGAUGGUAGAGUAUUGCAAUGGUCGAGCGAUGUGAUUGAGUUUGGUGGACUUGUGAGGACAACGAACCCAGAGCAAGGGACCCAUUUAGCACCCGACGCCGAAUACACUGAAUACAGUCUUGAAAAGCCUAAGAACAGAAUAAACAUCGUGGCAUCAAAUCCAUCGAAUCCAGACUUUAUAGUUUCUUCGUAUUCUCCGAACAAAUUUGAGGAAAACGGAGAAGCUUUGUCAGGAAUCAUAACGUUCAGUUUGCAGGACCAAUCCACUCCUACUCGUUCCACAGAGUGA